CCAAGCCCUACCUCCCUCCAGACCAGAGGAGAGUGAGUGGGUUGGCUUAGUGAAGUGGUACGCAAGAAUAUGGAGUUUAAGUACAUCUUUGGAACAGGGCUGUCACAGUAACCAGAACUGUAAAAAGUUGAUUUUAGACCUGGGAGAACCAUGUCUCGGGGUACAGCUGACAUCAUGAGGAGGGCUCUUCAGUUCUGCAGCCAGAGACUUUUACAAAAACAUGCUUCAGUCCCUGCUGUAGCAUUUUCAGCACUCUCAUACGUCAAAUGUCAGCAUGUAAUAACAUCAAAGACUAAGUUGUACUUGAAUUAUAGAUGUUUUUCAGAUGUAGGGACUUAUUCUAAAGAGGUUGAAUCUGUUAAACCAGCUGUAAUAACUAAUGUUCCCAAACCCAACUCACCCUUUAUGGAGGAGUUAGCUUCUUGUACCUCUCCGUCAGACGUUUUGGACCUGACCUGCAGAAUUCCGCCCACCUUCCUCCAGCUGAGCCAUUGUCUGUCACAGAUUUGGAGCAGUACGAAGAAAAUGUCAGAGGAGCAGAGGCGUAUGGAGCUAAGGCUGAUGUGGGAGCAUGCGGAGUGGGAUCGUUUACUGCAGCGGGCGGUGGGCGGGGUCUCAUACCUGCCCAACACUCAUCUGGUCUUUGCCCUCCUCGCGCUCGUCAAUCUCGGGGUUGGACCCAAGACCAGAGUGGUCCAGACCUAUCUCCGAGCAGCUCAGGAGAGGAUUAAUGAGUUUGACGAUAAGAACUUGUCCAUUCUGUCGGCAUGUUUGGAAAACCUGGAGGAGGGCACCAACGUCAAGGCUCUAAAGCAAGGCAUCAGGAUCUUGGUCGAGGAGCGUCUGCCCAGAAUCAAUAAUGUGGUCCAUCUUCAAACUCUGAUGAGACUUGUGGGAAAAGAUGCGCCGCUCAAACUCAAACAGAAACUGGAGUCCAAAGCCUUGUCUCUGUCGGAUCAAUUCACUCUCCCAAACGCUCAGCACAUGGUCUCCACAAUGGCAACGCUGGGCUUCACCUCCAAACCUCUGCUGUCCAUUUGCAGCCACAAGAUCUCAGAGCACUUGUCUGGCGUACCAUUUAACAGAUUGCUCACGGUGCUGGUUUCCUGCAGAGAGCUCAGGUACAGAGAUCUUCAGCUGCUGGAGGCUGUGUCUGAGUACAGUGCCACCACAAUCCAAGUGUGGAACAACAAGCAGUUACUCCUCCUCCUCUCCUCCCUGGAGGCUCUAUCUUUCCAUCCGUCUGCUCUCUUGGAUUCGUUCUCAGACAGAGUUCAGUCUGAUCCUGGAGCUUUGACCCUCAGAGACCUGCUAUGUCUGCUCCGAGUCUCCUCCGCCCUCAACUACCAAAACCACAGACUGUUCUUGUGUCUCUCCUCUGCUCUGGAGCUCUAUCUCCAGAAGAUGUCUCCUGUGCAACUGCUCAGAGCCCAGCACAGCCUCUCUCUGAUGGGACACUUCCCCCAGACUCUGCUCUACAGUCUGCUUCAUGAGUCCACAAUGACCCAGCUCAGGGCCCAGGAGUCCAGGUCUGUCCGGGGUCAGCUCAGUGUGGUGGAACUGUGUCUGCGCUUGGACCGCCCACAACUCCCUGAAAACUUUUCUAUACCCACCUCUGUACUCUCCUCCUCCUCUGCACCCUCCUCUUCCUCUGUAUCUUCUCCCUCCUCUGUCCACUCUCCCUCCUCCUCUCCCUCGUCUCCUCCUCUGUGCCCCAAAUCCAAGCUCUCCUCUGCUCUCAGGACUCUGAUAGAGCACAGAUCAGGCUGGAGUGUGAAGGAGGGGGAGUUUCUGGAGGAUCACCAUUUCAUUGAUGCAGUUUUAACCAAAAGUGAGAGCAUCUCUGAGAAAAGACAAAGGAUGGCAGUGCUGUGUGUUACUCCGUCUGCCUUUUGUUUCGGGACAUCUCACCCCAGAGGACCUUUGGCUCUGAAACUGCGACACCUAAGAAUCAUGGGAUAUCUGCCCCUGGUGGUCCCAGAGCAGGAGUUUGCGUCUCUGUCUGAGGAGAGGAGAGUCCAGUUUCUCAGAGAACUAAUCUUCCCCAAUGAACAAAAGAUUUAACAUUUAAGUUAAGCAAAUCUGCAGCUGUCCAAUGAUUAAACUUAACUUAUAUGAAUACAUUAAAGAGAGGGUAUAAUGUAAAA